AUGGAAACUAAAAUAAUUUAUUUCACGGUAAAUGGAAGACCAGAGCAGGCUGAGUUUCCUACUGACUGUCCUACACAAGAUGUCAAAGACCUGUUCCGAUCAGCAGCUGAAGCUGGUCCACAUGAUAUCCUAAAACUCUACAAUCCCAAGGGCAACAUCAUUAAUAUCUCCCCUCAGCUGACCCCUAACAGCCCUCACACAUGCUACAAGCUGGAGGUGGUUGCUGCAGACUGCAACAGUACAGAGCUGGCAGUGUCACUGGGCUUUGAUCUUUCCUCCAUGGAGAAAAGGUUACAAAGUCUAGAGAAGAAGAUUCUUGUUGAAUCUGGUAAGACUCCAGCUGUUGUUUAUGAGAUGAAGCAACAGGUGGAGUCAUUCAGGGAAAAACUUGAGAGUGUGGAGCACCUGAGCUGGCUGGGUCUAUUUAAGGAAAUGUCCGAGGGCACUCACAAACCCUCUCCAUUCUACCACAAGAGAACACUGCGCAAGACACGUGAAGAGUGUGAACAUGUCAAGGAAAAGUUCUUCCAGAUGAGUUCCCUGGAGGUCUCCGAGGAGGUGAGACAGUACCUUAAGACACCAACCUUUGACAACUGGCAGUGGGAAGAUGCUGAGAUCAUGGUGUUGCUCCAGGUGAUGUACACAGACCUGGACUUUAUCUCCACCUUUAACAUAGAGCUGGAUGUGCUGCAGCAUUUUCUCUAUGAAGUCUACAAGCGCUACAACAACAUCCCUUUCCACAACUUCAAGCACUGCUUCUGUGUCACUCAAAUGAUGUAUGGACUGAUCUGGCUAACAGAUCUGAGGGCUAAGAUCGACAGCAUCGAUCUCUUAAUCAUGCUGACCUCAGCUGUGUGUCAUGAUCUAGACCACACCGGUUACAACAAUGCUUACCAGAUUAAUGCUCGCACUGAACUUGCUUUACGGUACAAUGACAUCUCUCCUUUGGAAAAUCAUCACUGUGCUGUAGCAUUUGAGAUCCUGGAAAAGACCGAAAGCAACAUUUUCCGGAACCUGACAACAGAUCAAUACAAGAGGAUAAGGGAGGGCAUAAUUAAAUGUAUCCUGGCCACAGACAUGAGCAGGCACACUGAGAUCCUCAACAAGUUUAAAGCCAUUCUGCCUGUGUUUGACUUCAGCAACAAAGAUCACAGGGAUGUGCUGAUGAUGAUUAUGAUCAAAGUGAGUGACAUCUCUAAUGAAGCAAGGCCCAUGGACGUGGCUGAGCCAUGGCUGGACUGCUUGCUGCAGGAGUUUUUCAACCAGAGUGACAUGGAGAAGCUUGAGGGACUUCCUGUGACACCAUUUAUGGACCGGGACAAGGUGACUAAGCCUUCCUCUCAAACUGGCUUCAUUCGCUUUGUUCUCUUCCCACUGUUCAUCGAGCUAGCUAACCUCUUCCCCUGUCUCGAGCAACAUAUCAUUGACCCAGUGAGGAAAGCCCUGGACUACUACACAGAGAUGGAGAGAGCAUUAGAAAGAGAGAAGCAGAAUCGAACCCAGAGUGAAAAAACAACUAAGCCCAAAGAGAGUGCAAAUGAGUCUGAGCUUCCACUAGAGCCUGAAUCAACACUAAAACCAAGCUCUGUCAACCAAGACCCACAGCUCAUGCGGGUCAGGAAGAGAUUUGUGGAGAAACUGGGAAUCUCCAUGUGUUUCAUGUCAUGCUACCAUCCACAGGCUAACAAUCAAGUGAACCAGGAAAUUGUGUGGUUCCUGUGCACUUUCUGUUCGGAGAUCCCUAGUAACUGGGUACAGUUUCUCUAUUGGGCUGAGUAUGCUCAGAACUCCCUCCUUCACUCUGCCACCCUUUUGACCCCUUUCCAGUGUGUGUUUGGCUAUCAGCUGCCCCUAUUUCCAAGGAACACUAACUCCACCGUCUCAUCUGCAGUGGACUAUUGUUUUACGUGGAGUAAGCAGGUGUGGGAAAGUACCCACCAGUUCCUGGAACAAGCAGCUGAAAAGACCAAGCAGGGUGCCUGCCACAAAGGGCAGACACCCCAGUCCAACCCAGGGGAUUGGGUCUGGUUUGCCAUGAAGGACCAAGUUAACUCCCAUUCUGUUGUCAGUUCCAUUCCAGAAUCUGAUUUCCAGAGCACACCUCAGCCUACAGACAUGGCCACCAUGGACUACAGUUCCCAAAAUCUGAUUUAA